AUGCCGAACGAGAUCAAGGACAUCACCACCAAGGAUGAGACUUCCUUCCCUUACAUCUACGAACAGAAUGUCUCCAUUUCAUUGAAGGACCAAUCGGGUCUGGUGCGAUGCAACGUCUAUCGCCCCAAGACUUCCGACAAGGUCCCGGUCUUGGUCACCUACGGUCCUUAUGGCAAGGACAUUCCUUACAAGGAUUUCCACCCUCAGAGCUUCAGCGAGGUCAACCCCGAACAGCGCUCGGAGCAUUCUGCUUGGGAGACUCCCGAUCCCAAGUACUGGACCACUCAGGGCUAUGCCGUGGUGCGCGCAGAUGAGCGUGGUACUGGCCAGUCGGUCGGCAAGCUCGAUACCAUGUCGCGGGGCACCAGCGAGGCCUUCUUCGAUGUGGUCGAGUGGGCCGCUGAGCAGCCCUGGUCCUCUGGUAAGGUCGGUCUGCUGGGAAUCAGUUACUUCGCCGGCAGUCAAUGGCGUGUCGCUGCCCGUCAGCCCAAGGGUCUUGCUUGUAUGAUUCCAUGGGAGGGUAUGUCGGAUUACUAUCGCGAUCGCUGCAGACACGGUGGCAUCUUGUCCAAUGCUUUCAUCAAGUUCUGGUGGGAUCGCCAGGUGGUGAGCAACCAGUACGGUCUGGGAGGUCGCGCCGCUCGCAACUGGGGUCCUGAUACUAUUGAGGGAGACUUGUCAGAGGAAGAGCUGGUGCAGAACCGCCAGGAUCAGACUAUCGACAAUGUGGAGAACAAGUUCCGCGACGAUCUCUACUACGCUUCCAAGGAGUACAGUCUCUCCGAUAUCCAGGUGCCUCUGCUGUCUGUGGCCAACUGGGGUGGUAUUCUUCUUCAUCUUCGUGGAAACGUUGAAGGAUGGACUCACGCCGGUUCCGAAUUCAAGUACCUCCGCUUCAUCACUGGUCGUCACGACCUUCCCUUCUACUACGCCGAGGAGGUUGAGAUCCAGCGCAGCUUCUUGGAUGCAUUCCUCAAGGGCGAGGACCGGGAGGGCUGGUCGACUGGCAAGGCUCCCAAGGUCGAUAUGGUGCUGCGCAAGGGCGAUGCUGGCUUCAACAAUGCCGAAGCCGAGAAGCUCUUCCCUCGUCGUAUCGAGCACGAGUGGCCCAUUGCCCGUACUCAAUACACCAAGUUCUACCUCACCUCCCAGCGUGAACUCAUCACACAUGCUCCCGCCGAGCGCCCCAGCAAGAUCUCCUACCAGGCUCUGGGCACAAUGGCCAACCCCCAACUGGUGCAGUUCGUCACUCCAGCAUUUGAGAAGGAGACUGAGAUCACUGGACACAUCGUCGCCCAUCUUAACGUGUCCAUGAGCGCAAUCCCCGGCGCUCCUACCCCUCAGGAUCUCGAUCUCUUCAUCACUCUCCGCUACAUCUCCCCCGAAGGCAAGGAGGUCUUCUACACUGGUACCGCUGGUGACCCCGUUCCCCUGUGCAAGGGCUGGCUGCGUGCUAGCAUGCGCAAGGUCGAUGAGCAAAACACUCGCAACAGACCUUGGUUGCCUCAUCGUAACUACUACUCUACGGAUGUGCAGCCCGUUCUGCCCGGUGAGGUUUACCCGGUCGACGUGGAGGUUUGGCCUACCAACGUUGUUGUUGAGAAGGGUGGUAAGAUUAUUCUGGAGAUUUCCAGUGGUGAUACUCAGGGUUGCGGUAUCUUCCAACAUAACUCCCCUGUUGAUCGCUCCGUGGAACGCUUCCAGGGCCAGAACCACAUUCACUUUGGCCUGGGCGACAACUACGUGACUCUUCCUAUUAUUCCUUGA